GUCGUGCUCGCGAGCAGAGGUCCCGCAGCAGCUGCCCUCCACCACCGGACUCCUCUUCAAUCCUCUGCUUGCUGUCUGUGCGAUUUGGAUGCUUUCGUGACCAAGUAACAAACCACGCUAGCCUGCGCCGACUGCGAGAAAAUUACUCGGAAUUCCGGAACGGAAUUUCCUGAUUUGUUGUUGUGGUUGCGUCGGCAGGAACUUGCAAUUCUCGCCCUGUGCGUGUGCCGGCCGCAGCUGCCUUCGAGGAGCAGGUACAUCAGAUCAAAGCAGCCUUGAGGGAAUUAGAUGCCGAUAUGGAGACAUUUCCACCGAAAAUGGUGUUAGAAUGACCUUGACUGCAACUGGGACGCCACCAUGAUGGAGAACGCGGGCAGCGUGGCCUCAAUCCGGCGGGUGCCGGCUCGAUCGUACUCUGAAUACCAGUACCAUUACCGCAGCCCUUCGACGCCGACGGCGGCCACGACGGCCAACGGGGUGGGCAGUGCAGGCAGCGGCCGCAAGGAGCGCGGUGGCUGCCGCUGCUGCCGCAAGUGUUGCUCGGCGCCCACGGCCUCCACCCUGGGCAACCUGGGCGUCUGCUGCCUCGUGCUCGGCUACACUGUGCUGGGCGCUUUCACCUUCAUGGCCCUCGAAGGUGGCCACACUCGCGGACACGUAUCACAACAGAAUCACCACGAUCGGAUGGAAAAGAUGAUGAACGAUGUACGAACCCAAACCGUGGAGAAACUGUGGACAAUCACAGAAGCGCUCAACAUCCUGUACAAAGACAACUGGACGCAGCUGGCCACCCACGAGGUCAUCAAGUUCCAAGACUCGCUGGUGCACACGCUCAGAACCGGUGGUCAAGCAAACCAGAAUUAUCGAGCUGGCACGUCAGGGUCCCUGGCUAUCAGUGGACCUCACGCUAACCACCGCUGGACGUUUUCAUCAUCAUUUUUAUACUCUCUCACACUAAUCACCACCAUCGGUUAUGGUGGUGUAACGCCGAAAACCACAUGGGGUCGCAUCGUGACCAUAGUUUACGCGCUUGUUGGCAUCCCCUUGAUGCUCGUUUACCUGUCAACGGUGGGCGACCUGCUCGCGAGAAACUUCCGCCGCCUCUACGGCAAGCUGUGCAGCUGCAGCAGUGGAGGCAGCUCCGCCUCCAACUCGGCAAACAACAGCGGAAAACCUUCGCCCAACGACAAUUACAGAGUGCGGCACAUUUCAUCUAAACAGAACAGUGUGGAUGGCGGCCUAAAACUUCACCCCGAGGAAGAGCUAGUCAAGCUGGAGCGCAACCACCCACUCGACUUUCCCUCGGACACGCCGUCCGACUCGAGGCAGAACUUUGUGCUGCAGCAUCACCACCCGCAAAGGCAGCGCGUGCCAAUGACGCUGUGCCUGGCGCUGAUAUCCGCCUACAUCGGCGGCGGUGCCGUGCUGUUUCAAAAACUCGAGAAUUGGUCGCUGCUCGAGGGCUCCUUUUUCUGCUUCACGAGCCUUGGCACCAUCGGUUUCGGAGACCUUCUGCCCGGGGUGCAGCCAAACAUGCCAGCCAGAAAUGCGCAGGUGUCAAUUUUGUCGACGUCUGCGUACUUGCUGGUCGGAAUGGCGCUGAUCGCGAUGUGCUUCAACCUGCUGCAGGACGAGGUGGUGGCCGUCGGCCGCCGCAUGGGCCGUCUGUGCGGCCUGGUGCGGCGUCGGCGACGCCACCACGAAGAGCACUCCGAGUCAGAGGUGGACGACCUGGCGAUGGCUGUCGUCUCCGGCACGUCCUGACGUAAUAACCCUGACAUGCCCGGUACCUCAGAUACCAUGUUGACGCCCCCGCCGACAGCUGCCCUGCACCACAGUCUUCCGCGUCGCCGCCCCCCUGACAUGAUCAGCCCUGGACAGGCGAACACGGUUGAGUACUUUGUGCCGCGCAGUGUCAGUGACUUCAACCUGCCGGCGCUCAGUGAAACUAGCCUCAACAAUGCCUCCUCCACGAUCAUCCCACCGCCACCCCUGGUGGAUGGAAGUGUGGGUCCACUGCCAGCGUUGGUAGGAGGCGGCCGCCUUUGCAACACAACCCCACGCAGAAUGCCCUCCGAGCAGAGGGUAGUUGGCGUCGGCCGAGAAAAGAUGGUGACUUUUGAGGACGACUUAACGCCGAACAGAGGUAAACUCGCCGGCGUUGAGGACGUUUUCAUGUGACAGCAACAAUAAUCCAAGGCGGAUUUCAAGGAAGACAGCUGCUGUUCCUGUUGUGAUACCGUGGAAAUGUCUUUCUGAUUUGUCGGCCGUUUCCCGGUGAGAUGCCAAUUGAGUGUGGAGAAGACUAUUAUAGAGUGUGCUCAUGUUACUCUAACUGUGAAUUAGAUGUUGUCGCACCUGCUCUUCGAUUUGGAUUCUCAAGUUUAAGAGCACGUGAUCUGAUGGACAGAUUUUAUACUUCAGUUGAAAUAAUUGUGUACAUAUAAAUUUAUAGAAAAUGAUACAUAUAUAUAUAUGAUCAUCCGUUUCUUUCCUGCCUCAAUUUAAGUUGAAGCAGCGAUUACAUGUGGUCAGACUUGCAAGGAAAUAAACGUCAGUGUUCGUUAUUUUUCCCUUUUGUGGGAAAGAGACUGUAUAUUAAUGAAAUAAGCAUUGGAAUUUCAUAAUCAUCCCAAAAGUAGCACAAAAAAGACCAAAAUUAUGGAUGUUCUGUUCAUACUUUCUGGAAUUGAUUUCUAAGCAUAAAUCAAGAAAUUUCCCACCGUGUAUUUCAAACUGCAUCCGGACAAAACAAAAGAAAUACUGUUUCAGUCAGGUUUAAUUUUAUGGAUUUUUUUGUUAUCCCAAAUAGGAAAAAUGUUAAAACCACUUGUUACUGGCGAUGGUGCUUGCAACAUCAUAGUUGAUGUUUAUUAUGGACAUAUUAUAUAAAUUUUCUAUUGAUCUGGAAACACUGGAAACUGUAACUGUAAAUAACGCAAAUAAAUGCCGCUCCGUAUAUUUAAAUGUGCAUUAUAAAUCUCUUAUUAAAAUUGAAAAACUUGCGGCGAGUUUGUAUUUAAAUCUAUUUCGAUGAAUUUAAUAUAAGUAUCAUAAAUCCAAAACAAAAUUAUUUUAAAAGACAAACACACUUAUUUGGGUGUGAUAACUCUUUGAUAAUCAUUAUACUUAACUGCAUUUUAUUGCUUUUGACUGAACCUGAAUAUAAGUAGGAGGGAAAAUGUCAAAUUCUUGAGUGUUGCUAUUUCUAUACCACAAAUCUGUAUUGAUGCUGUCCUAAUAUUUUGUAAUUAAUUUGAUCAUAUUCAAUUAUUUAUAUUUCAGACGAAAUUAUAACAACAACGCUUUUGUGAAAAACCACCUGCUGUCUGAUCUCGUUUGUUGCGAAGAGUUUCAUAUUCAAAAGACUUUUUUGGAUUGAAAAAAUAUUAAAUGAGCAUUCCUUCAACUCAGAAUUUAAAAAUAAAAUAUUGUGAGCCCACGAUAUCAUUUUUAGAACUUGCCGUGUUGGAGUGUUGUAACUGUUUUGGAAAAAAUAAAAUUAAUUAGAUUGUU